AGAGGCUGCAUCUACAUGCGGGAGAGGAACUUAAGAAGCGGACAGUGACACAGAAGCCGUCUCACAGGGAGCGAGUGUUUUGGGGAAAGUGGUUGUAUGGCACCGCAGUCGUGCGUCAUGAAUCCUGCGCAGGGAUCUCCAGCCUCAGCUGCUCCGGGAGAGACCUCGGCGGAGGAGCGCACGGCCGGACCUGACGACCAGUCGCCUGUGCGGAGAUGUAGAAGCAAAAGUUCCGAGCUGCCGUUCAGCGUGGAGUCACUCAUUUCAGACAAGAAACCGACGCGCAGUUUCGCUGAAGCCGCUCUGAGGACGGAGGACAGCGAGUGCGUCUCACCUGCGAGGCUCUGUCAAAGCAAAACUGAGAAGAUGGACCUGAACGAGACCAACGCCUGGUUUCAAACCUCUUAUUCAAGACUUCCCAGCCCAACAGGCUGCAACCUGCGCAAACACAAGAACAACAGGAAGCCCAGAACCCCCUUCACGACCACUCAGCUGCUCUCGCUGGAGAGGAAGUUCCGGCAGAAACAAUACCUCUCCAUCGCGGAGAGAGCCGAGUUCUCCAACUCCCUCAGCCUCACAGAGACCCAGGUCAAGAUCUGGUUCCAGAACCGCCGAGCAAAGGCCAAGAGACUGCAGGAGGCCGAGCUGGAGAAGCUGAAACUGGCCGCUAAACCGCUGCUGCCGGCGGCCUUCGCCAUCCCCUUCCCUCUGAGCGCCGCGCCGGCCCUGUACGGAGCUCGGCCUGCGAUGCCCGUCCCCGGACUUUUCAGUGGACCUUAUGGGAUGUACUACUUAUCAUAACACGACUAUCGGAAGCACCACGCCUUUAGAGCCCCGGAAAAUAGAAUGGUCCAGUAAGCGACGAUGCCUGCAUUUAUCAAUUUAAAUCUUGAUCGUUCGUCCCCAAAUAAUUGAAAUUUCACCUUCGCAUACUAUCACACAAGUUGCCCAUCUCCUGCACGGACUCGAAAGGUUUUUUUUCUGCCAACUUCGUUUUUAAUUUAUUAACAAACGGUUGUUUUCCAGGGCGCGCAAUUAGUGAGCUAAGCUUUGGGCUCAAAAUAAGCAAUUAAAGUCGUUAUUCCCGAAUUAUAUCAUCACGUAUUUAUAAUUUUAUUUUAUUUUUUAGCUUUGCUCGAAGUUCUAUUAUGACAAACCAUUUCAAACUGCUUCAUUGUUUUUAAUCUUGAUGAAUAUUUGAGGGUGAUUUAAUCCUUUUUUUCACUAGAAUUGGUCCCCCCAAAGAACAAAAGCCUUAUAUUGUGUAAAUAACUGUUCUUUGUGCCUAUAAACACUGCUGAUGGAUUCACCAGUCAGACAUGUAAAAAUGUAAAGUGAAUUUUAUAUAUGUUGAGUGAGAACCUUUUCAGAUCUAUUAAAUGAAUUCUGAAUUUGUACUUGUCCACGGGAGAUGAUUUCUUUUUUUUUUCAUUUGUUUUUAAUGAAUGAAAGAUUAUUUUUCUAUUAUUCUGAAUAAAGGCAAACACAAAUAAAAGUGUAGGCAAAAUAAUUUAUUUGGGAGAA